AGGGUUUCUAGCUGUUUCUCUGUGUUACUGUAUGAAUGUUUGGGUUUCUGUGCUCUGCUGGAGCAGCUGCGCUCUUUAACAGCUGCUGGGAAACUGAAAGGAGCAGAAAGACGCUGUACAGCGUGUGAAACAGACCGCGGGGAGAGGGGUUAGCGCGGGUUGCUAACUAACUCUUAACUAAACUUAGCCUGCGGAGCUGGUUAACGUCGCCUUAGCAACAUUAUAACAUGAACGCGCCUCGUGCGCGCGCUGUGUGAGCGUUAGCGUGUUCAGCGGGUUGGUGAUAUUUGAAGGUGCCAUCCACUUUGUCCAUCAUCAACAUGAGUGUCUUGCUGGUGGAGGCUUUCUACGGUGGCUCUCACAAGCAGCUGGUUGACCUCCUCCAGGAACGGGUGGACGACUGCGUGACCUACACUCUGCCCGCGAAGAAAUGGCACUGGAGAGCACGGACGGCUGCCCUGUACUUCAUGCAGGCUAUUCCAGCCAGCCCUGCAUACAGGGUUUUAUUUGCCAGCUCUGUGCUAAAUCUGGCUGAAUUGGUGGCCUUGCGACCAGACCUCGCCUCUCUGAAGAAGAUCCUCUACUUCCACGAAAACCAGUUGAUCUACCCAGUUCGUAAAAGCCAAGAGAGGGACUUCCAGUAUGGCUACAACCAGAUCCUUUCAUGCUUGGUCGCGGACGUGGUGGUCUUCAACUCCGAGUUCAACAAGCGCUCCUUCCUUUCCUCCAUAUCCACCUUCAUGAAGACCAUGCCUGACCACCGACCCAAAGGCCUAGAUCAGCUCAUCGAGCCCAAGUGCCGAGUGCUGCAUUUCCCCAUCCGAUUUACUGAUGUCACAAGAUUCCUGCCUGAACACAAGCUCCUGCUGAGGCAGAGCCAGACUCCACACAGCAGCGGCUCACAGGAUUCCCCAGACCUCUCCGAGAUAACAAAAGCAAGCUCCACCGCUUCCACACAAGAACAUCAACAUGAGCCCCCUGCCAAGAAACAAAGUACAGCAGAGCCACAGCCGUCCCCACAGCAAGAAGAUAACAUAGAGGACAUGGAGCACCAACCAGCAGCCAGCCUGAGUCCUGACCAAGACCCAGAGAAACCACGUCCUCUCCACAUAGUCUGGCCACAUCGCUGGGAACAUGACAAAGACCCUCAGCUGUUCUUCCAGACCUUGCUGAAGCUGCGCGAGCAGGAGCUGAACUUUGAAGUGUCUGUCCUUGGGGAAGCAUUUACCGAUGUUCCAGACAUCUUCGCCGAGGCCAAAGAACAGUUGGUCAGCCACAUCCGGCACUGGGGUUUCAUGCACAGUAAGGAGGACUACCUCAGGGUCCUGUGCCAAGCAGAUGUCGUCGUUUCUACGGCCAAGCACGAGUUCUUCGGCGUGGCAAUGUUAGAAGCAGUCCACUGUGGUUGUUACCCUCUGUGCCCGAAAGCUCUUGUCUACCCAGAGAUAUUCCCUGGUUCAUAUCUGUACUCUACACCUGAACAGCUUUGUAAGAGGCUCCGGAGCUUCUGUAAGCAUCCACAUCUAGUUAGGCAGCAUGUUGUUCAAGUGAAUACUAGUGCAUUUUCCUGGGAUGCCUUGGGAAAGGAAUACACAUCACUGUUAACGGCUGAUUCCAGUGCAGCUUCAUGACUUCAGAUCUUCAGUUCUUAAAAAAAUGUGAAAAGGUUAUCCUGCCAAACUUUUUAUUUGUUUAUAUAAAUAUAAUUAUCCUCCUUUUAUUACACUUGUAGAACCACAGGAAUGAAAAUCAUCUUGCAGCUAUUGAGAUACACUUCUGUAAUUACAGGAGUCAAAACUGAAGUUGAUACCAAUAUUUACAUAAGCUGUACUCCAGUAAUCCCUCUGAAACACUGAUAGUGUUAUUAUAUGGUGUUAUUACUCAGUUAUUAGAGACACUUAAAAUGAAAUGAACAGAGAGAGUUUUUGUAGCUUUCAAAAGACAAAGCUUCUUAAUAGUAAAAAGAAAAACAAAUACUUACCUAAGUCAACAUAAUAUACAGUAUUAACAUUAUGUAUGCAGGCAAUCAUGUAUGCAUAUUACAUUAUUCUUCCCUAUAAGGUAAUAAUAAAAAAUAUUACCUUAUCUUAGCCUUUAAUAACCUUCAUUUUAAAAUCAUUGUCAAAUGUGGAUUGGCAAUGUCUGGUCAAUUCCUAAAUUAAAUAAAUUAAAAUUAUAAAUAAAAUAAAAAUGUACACAGUUCAUACAGGUACAUUUUACUAUUACGGUAUCAAAUCUGUUCAUUCAGUAUUUCAACAUUUAAUUAACAUGGAUCAAGGUUCAAUUUAUGUUCAUUUUUGUUAUGUUUUGAUUAUGAAAUAAAACAGAGUAGAUUAUAAUGCAUUGAAUGUCAUCUCUAUAAGACUCUAUAAACAUACUCAUAACACGUUAUAAUGCAUUCAUAAGGCAUUAUAAACAUGGCUAUACAUAUUUAUAAAAUGUAUAAUUCAUCACAGCCAUGUUUAAUAUGCAUCAUGAACUGUGAUUAUAAUGCAUUAAUAGCUGUGUUUAUAAAAUGUUACUCAUUAAUACCAAGAAACUCAGUCAAUUUUGCAGACUUUAUUAUGACUAAAAAAGCUUCCAACUUAUAAACACACCCUCAGUAAUCCUAUAAAUAUAGUUUUAACCACUCAUAAAUUAUUCUUGUCUUGAAUAUAAUAUUAGUUACAGUGAAUUAUAAUGUAUUAUAACAGGUCUUUGUGCGCUCUAAAUAAAGUGCCAGACUUUUAUUGUAGGACUAGAUUAUUAAUGAUAGAGAUAAAUGUAUUAUGAUCACAGGGCAUAAUGCUUAAUAAAUAUUGCUAUAAUGGGUUAUGUAUUUUUAUAAAUAUUUAUAGCCAUCUUUAUAAUGUCUUAUGAAUGCAAUAUAAUAUGUUAUGAAUGUGGUUUUAGUGUCUAAUAAAGAUGACAUUACCACACUUUCUAUGAAUAGUAUGUCUAUUAGACUAUAAACAUACUCAUAACACUUUACAGUUAAUUCAUAAGUCAGUAUAAACAUAGUUUUACAUAUUUGUAACAAUGUAUAACAUAGUAUAGCCAUGUAUGUUAUCAAUUGUGAUCAUAAUGCAUCAUAAGCUGUAAAAAAAAAAACAUAUAUCUGUCACUAUAAUACAUUAUACAAUAAUAUAAGCUAUUAUAAUAUGUCACAUAAGUAUUAUAAUAAUAAUGGUAAUAAAAAAUAUUAUUACAUUCAUUGUUGUGACAGCUUUAUUUGUAUUAUAUAUAACUAAAUUUGAUAAUGAUGCAUUAUAAUCAAAAAUUACAAUGCAUAAUAAACAUGGCUAUAAAUUGUUAUACAUUGUUAGAAAUAUAACCAUGCAUGUUUACAAUGCUUUAAUAAUGCAUUAUAAUGUGUUAUGAGUAUGUUUAUAGAUUCUAAUAGACACAUGAACACAAUUAGCUUCCCAGGAGCUUUAAGCACUUAUUAAUGUUCAUGCAGUGUUGUGUAGUUCUUAUGAAGGCUGCCUAUCGAUAUUAACUUAUUGUGAGAUAAAUAAACA